UAGCCUCCGCUCCUUUAUUAGACUCCUUUAGUCUAAUUUUAGUACUCUAGCUCUAUCAGAGCUAGUGAGAGCAUGUUUCCUUAAGCUGGACAUUACAUUUUCAGCUCAAAGUAUAGCCAUACCCUUAGAAAAGUUAGGUCAGGGCUUUCUAAGUUACCCAAUGGGCUUCUCCAACCCUCAAAACACCCCAGGCUCAGCUGGGCGUAUUAAAACCACCUUAGCUCACCCCACCUGCUACCCCACCCCAUGGGCUGUAAGUCUUGUGCUACAUUUCCUAGCCUGUAUCCUCACUAUAAAGAAGGCAAGUUACCUGUCUGAGUGAAAGCAGCACCUGGGCCCUGGCUUAAACCCCCAGUUGUGCCAGCUAGCCCAGGUUUAAAGCACCAUUAAACUUGUGUGAGGGGAUUCUGCGUGUGUGGAUGGGAGUGGGAUUAGGGGCAACAUGUAAGAGUCAAAGUUAACUCAGCAGUGAAGACAUACAUAGAGGGACAGCACAGACUCUCACCCUGACUUUCUAGAAACUUGUGUAAAAUGUGGAUUUAGGGGAAUGUUUUUGUUUAUGUUUUCUAACAUGAAGGUGUAUCUGUUCCUAAUUUUAACUGUCUUAUUAAUUAGGCUUUCACAUUUCCAGUAAUAAGCAAGGUGGUUUGUUUGCAAUGCAAAAAAUGGAACAGGUCAUGCUUUUGUCAUUGCAACCCUCAAAUGUGAAGGUUUAUAUCCCUACAAUUUUUAUCCUACUUAAUUUAACUGAUGGUAUCAUUAUCUGUAUAAAUGUCUAUUUUUUUAAAAUCAUGAUAAGUUCUUUGGUUCCAUAUUGCCUUGUGGUAACAAGUUUCUUAGCUUAACUAAUUCAUUGUGUUAAAAUGUGAUUUUUUUUUAAAUCAGUUUUAAAAUUUGAUGGCAUUCAUUGUAAAUUGCUGAGAACAUCAGUUUCAUUGGCUUCUCCUUAUUCUUCAGUUAUGAAAGAGGAUAAAUAGGAGGACCUGAUUUUCCUUCCUAACACCAUUCAUUAUUUUAUACAAUAAUACCACGUUCCCUGUUACUCUUCUCCUCUUUAGACUAAACGCAGUAUUUCAGGUGGUGAAGUAAUACCGAUUAAUAUCAUGUCACUAUAAUAUUUUUGGUAUUAUUUUGUAUUCCAUUCUUUUUAUUUCUUAACAUCUUAUUUGCCUCUUUUGCUGCACUCUCACCAGCUGUUCCCAUGGUGUUUUCUACUUUUAUCAUAGUUUUAUUUUCUGUACUUUUGUUCAGAUACCAUACACAAUCUGAUUGUUGGCUGAAAUGGUUUAUUCUUGUGGCCAUGCUAAUGUUACCAGUGAAGUUAAAAAUUUCUGAAGGGCUCACAGGAAUAAUUGGCUCUCAUGACAAUGAAAAAGCACUUCCUGUUUUUAGUGACGCCUUUUAAAAAUAUUUCAUGUGUUUCAAUGCCUCUAAGCUUCCUUAGCUCUGUUCCUGUGGCCUCUUUUCUUUUUCAGUAAUUUUGUGGCUGUUCUCUUCUUGAUUUACUGCCAAACCUCUCUGCAGAGCAGGGAGUUACGCUACAGCAGAGAGUACUUCUUUAUCUUCUGUGCUGCCUAUCUCUCCACUCCAUGUAUUUAUUUUCUUAUUUGGGGGUCCAGCCAUUUCUGAGGCUAUCUGAAGCUUCAUAUACAUGAACAGGGCCCUCGCAGAGGCACAUAUCAUUACAAUGACUUGCUGCCUAGAACUGGUAUGGCAGGGUUAACACUGCUUCCUGGUUUUGUAUUACCCUAGGAAUUAAUCAUGUUAGUGCCUUUAAGUUCCCUUUGGGAUUUCCUGUGUACAGUGACAGUAGCAACUCACUACCCCAGGCAGAGAAAAGGUGGGUUUCCCCCACUCAGGUCUCACCUAGAAGGGGAUUUCCAUCUUGCAAAAAUCUACUGCAGGACUUGCAAUUAUGCAGAUAUAUAAGGCUCAUAACAGUAUGUGGGUAUUUUGUAUGAUCUCUCUUGGGAGCUGCAAAAGGAUUGUCCACCUCUGUGUUUUAUUCAAUAUCUGGUAUCUUUAGGACUCCUUAAAUCAUCUGGAAGAUGGCAGAAGCAGUAGUGAUUGAUCUGUUCAGUCUACAAAUGAACUCACAAAAUAAUGGCAUUCAGAAGUUAUUAUGUAGCACACUAGAAAGGACUGAAAAACGCUUCUCUGCCAGUGCUCCAUUUGUUUACAUAAUGUGCUACCAAACUCCGAGAAGCGAAAGGAGCAGUGAACAAGAUUCGUUACUUAAAGUAAUCAGCAGUUUUCAGAUUCUGAAGAAAGGAAUUGAGGUUGUGUGCAUGACAAGUACAGCUGCUGCCUUGUACACCAUUAAACAAAAAAUAGAUGAAAAGGAUUUAAGCAUCAUUAAAAUCAUUUUACCAGUACAAAGGAAAGCUUUAAUGGAAGUGUUUAUAGACCACCUAUUCACUGCUGUUUACCAGUUUCAGUUUGAGGAUUUUGGGAUGGAUUGUGAAGGAAACAAUCUCCAACAAAUAGCUGAACCUCAGAGUGACAUACAAACACUUUCUGCCCAUGAUAUGGAACUCGUCAGGCGUGAGAUUCAGACAUUCUUGGAAAGUCUGCCAGCCCUGAAAGGGAAGCUUACCAUUCUAAAAUCUUCCUUGAUCCCAGGUCACAUCUUCCUACAUGGGUUCACCACGAGGACAGGUGGGAUCUCUUAUAUACCAACACUCAGCUCCUUCAACCUCUUUACCAGUUCCAAGCGGAGAGAUCCAAAGGCUGUGGUUAAAGAAAACCUACGCAGGUUAGCUAAUGCUGCAGGUUUUGACCCAGAGAAAUUUCACAGUGUGAAGGUCAAUCAUGCCAGUGAUAUUUGGAUUAUGGGAAAGCCCCAGCCUGACAGCUAUGAUGGAAUAGUAACAAAUCAGAAAGAUGUUACAAUAGCAGCUCCCGGUGCUGACUGCAUACCUAUGCUUUUUGCUGAUCCUGUUAAAAAAGCAUGUGGAGCUGCUCAUUCUGGAUGGCAAGGCACUUUGUUAGGAGUUGCUAUGGCUACAGUAAAUGCUAUGAUAAAAGAAUAUGGCUGUAAUGUUAAGGAUAUACUUGUGGUGCUGGGCCCAUCUGUUGGACCGUGCUGUUUUACACUUCCUCGGGAAUCAGCAAAGGAAUUUUACAGUCUUGAUCCAAAAUGUGUCAGACAGUUUGAAUCUCCAACUCCCUAUAUUGAUAUUAGAAGGGCAACACGAAUUCUUCUAGAGACUGGAGGGAUUCUGCCUCAGAACAUACAGGAUGAUUCUGUCACUGACCACAACCAAAGUCUCACUUACUGCACAGCAUGCCACCCUGAUACAUUUUACUCUCAUGUUCGUGAUGGCACUAACUUUGGCACACAGAUUGGUUUCAUAUCCAUCAGAGACUGAGUUAGGCCUUUACAGUUCAAGUGAAGUUCAAAACUGAAGGAGGUCAGGUGAGAACUCCUCUUGUGAUAUGGCAGUGCAGCCUGGCCUGGUUAGGUCUCUAUUAUAUUAAACUACCAACUGCUUUCGGCAGCAGUCCCGGAGGUAGAUAAAAUCUGCAACCAUAGCUCCAGUAAAUAUAGAACAUAGUUCUGUUGUUGCUGGGGAUGUGGCCAGGUAGCCCUCAAUAAAGCUCAGAAACUUUCUUAUUCUCCCACACUGCUUGUUCUUAGUAGCCAAUGCUUUCUUACCAGCUUGAGCUUACUCUAGACACUAUCUUCUCUGCUUGAUCUAAACUCAAGAAAAAAGGAAACCUGAUUUAACCCCAUUAUCUGUUCUGCUAGUAAAAUCUAAAUAUGCACCCUUCUUAUGCUCCUACUGAAAAUGCGUCUCUGGACAUUAUGGUUUCAUAAUAGACAUUAUUGGUCAUCAUAUAUGAAUGAAAAGAGCUUCACAGUACUGUAGUCAUUUAUCUGCCGGGUCCAUUACUAGUAGGGUAACCAGAUGUCCCAAUUGUAUAGGGGCAGUCACGAUUUUUGGGUCUUUUUCUUAUAUAGGCUCCUAUUACCCCCUACCCCCAUCCCGAUUUUUCACGUUUGCUGCCUGGUCACCCUAAUUACUAGGAUAAUUAUAACCUGUAGAGUUCUCUGGCUUACAUCUUGGGGGAAAUGUCUGGAAAAUAUUUUCUAUUUUUCAACCAGUCCCUUGCAUGGUCCAGGAUAAUUGUUGCCCACUAGGGGGUCAGGGCUCACUCACUCACUCUUUAGCCAGGAUAACGCUUUGUUGGAGCAGAUCUGUGAAGCAGUUUGGUGUUCCAAAGCUACUUUUAUAAGACACUGUAAAGUAGACACUUAUUAUGACUUUGACAAUAGGUCUUCAGCUAAAUCAUUCUGGCAUCUGUGCUUGAAAAGUAAUCUGUUCUUCUUGAGGGGCUGCUAUUUAGAUCCUAGCAAAUUAGAGACUUUGCUUGUCCAUUUGGAGAUAAUUUUUUUUUAAAUCUGUGUCUUAUUUGUAAAUGGACUUUAUGGACAAGGUCAGUAUCCACUGACACUAUUCUUUAGCUAUAAUCUACUGGUGGUUUUAUUUUGUAUGUUUUUCACUUCCUAUUUCUCGUUCGGACAAUCAUUUUCCCGUGCACUGCAGUCUUUCUGGAGAAAGUUCUUUCACUUUUAGGUAUCUUUCUCUGUUUUAUUUCCUUUAAGGUACCUCUCCCCUCUCCUCUCAGCUUCUGGCUGUAGCUUUAAUACUGUAGCAUUUGCAGUUGGGAUGUGAUUGGCAGUUUAAGAUCAUUCUGCAGUUUCACCAGGUCGCUCAUGGCUGCUCAAGCAUGAUGUUAGAGACUUACAUUGUCUGUUGGAAAAAUGACCAUUUAUAGGUAAUAAAAGUAUCCAAGUCACAGAACAAGUGCAAAAUGAUUAGUUCUGUUGAAAUAUGCUCACAGUGAGCCUCACAAGCCAUUUUUACCAUUAUUCAUUAUUUCUAUUACACUACAAUACUUAGACUAUAUUUCAGAGCAGGGGCCAGCUUUUUUGUGUGUUUGUAUAGCACCUAGCAUGAUGGUGCUGCCACCACACAAUAAAUAAAUAAUAAUUCAGAGAUCCCAGCCAAGUCAGCGCCCCAUUGCACUAGGCUCUACAUAACAAAUAUAUUUACAUAUAAUCAAAUAAAAGGUGCAGGGAGGACUGGAUAACAAUAGUCUGAGCAUGUUCUUUACACUUACAAACUGUACACACAGCUGUGAGAGUUUUUUUCUGCUCUUUGUAUUAAUAAGCAGAUCAGUAGUAGCAGCCGAGGCUCACCACCUCUAGGGGAACUUUUAACAUGUUUCAUAAAUUAUUCUGACAUACUUGUUUAAUAAUCCUUCUCUCCCAUUAACUUCUAGUGUGAAUUUAUAACAUUUCUCUGAGCUAUUAAGUUAGUAAAUGGUAUUAUUAAUUAUUAUUGGGAUGUGAGGAGAGUGUGAGUAUAUUAUCAUACUGAACACUGUCUUUUGUAAAUAUACAGUAUAAUUAACAUUCAAUGCAGCUGUAAAUUCUGGACAGAGCUUUUCAUUUGCAUUGAUAUAUUCCUAUUAUUGAACAGGCUUUCAGAAAUGAAUGAUCAAGUAUUAUAUUAGAACAGUGCUGCUUCAGCAUUGGGUGGUAACCUUCGGGUCUCUGAGGUGGGUGUGUAGAUUUUCCUGUGUGGUCUUCUGGUCAGAGCUUGAGAGCUGUAACAGGCUCCAGGCCUCUGUGGAUUGAGCAGAGAGUAGCACAUGUAAUAUACACUGACUGGUGUAGCACACACUGACAUAUGCACCAAAAAUUAUAACCACUAACGUGCCAGAAGGGUUUCACCUUUCCCAGACAGAACUGUAUUUCGCACAAUGGGUCUUUUCUCCUUUAAUUUUUUUUCCUUCUCGUGCUUAUCUUCUGCUAUCUUUUUGUAUGGUGAAAUUCACAAAUGCCACACAAAACCCCUAUAAACGGAAUAAGAGAGGUUCAUAUGACUGUCUGGAACAGGUGUUUAAGGAGACAGAAUCUACCCUGUGGGGAUGCAGUACAGGCUUUGCACAGUCUGUCUUUCUAUGCAGCAGCUAUUAGACAGGAACCAUGUGAGGAGCUAUUUGUGCUCUCUCUCACAUAACCCCAGCAGUCCCCUCUAAAAUAGCACAGAGCCAGCGUGGAGCCUACCUCCUAAGCACAGGAUCUUUGUAAAGGUCCACCAAGCCAUACCCCACAGGAUGGUUUCACAAUGGUCCCCCUUUAUCAGCCUCUAUAGCAAACAAGUCAACAUUCCUAGAUUCAGCUUGUGCUGUCCUCAUUUCACUUCAUGGAUCAGUUGUUGUUGAGUAACGCAAUGAGAGAGAUGAACUGCAUUCGCUUAUCCUGAGGCUGCGUGCAUUAGCAUCGUGUGUACCCUGAUUUUGUCGUUUGAGUCCCAUAGUCCUUCAUGAACAUGGAUCUCUGUGUGAUAACGUAACAGUACACUACAUGGGCAUGCUAAAUUCUACAUGUGACAGGAAAAAUAAUGUCUUGGUUUGCUGGAAGGGACACAUGCCUCCAAAGAAUCCUGGCGACCCAAGUGUAAUACAGUUUAACUGACUUGUACUUUCCAUUUCCAGCAGACAUUUACCGGAGUUUUCCCAUGAGUGAAUAAUUUAGGCAUUCAUUUGAAGUAUUUAAUUUAAGAAUGAUUUUAGGCAUGUGUAUCAAAUGCACUAGGAUGUUAUAAAUUAUUAUACAGUACUGCACAUUUUUGUAACACUAAAAGGUUUCACUUGCUUGCUUUCCCUUUAAUAUGCAAUAUACAGUUCUUGGUGCUGCUAGAAAGCAUAAUUAUGUGUUUCCUAAUGUCACUCUGAGAAGAAUAGGGAGUUAGCCUUUAAAUCUCUCUGACCUUUCAUUACAAAAUGUUUAAUUUACAGUAGCAUCACGUGUUACAGAUAUUUUGCUGAAUCUAUUUGUGUGAGUUUUCUCCUUGUAAUCCAUUCAAAAGUGACCCCAAGAAGAAUUUCAGAGGCUUGAUCUAUCAAGAGCAAUGUGGCUGAAAUAUCUAUAUUCCACUUGUACAAAUGUGACAUCAUAUCUCUAAGGCAACCUGUAUUCUGGCAAUCAUGGGAACAAGGACACUGCAUGGAUUUCCAUUUGGUUCCUGCAACAUAAAAGAGAUCUGAGACAAAAUCAAUAUGGACUGUGCUAAACUAUUAGGAUUCAUUUUCACAAUUAAUUAUACCUAAGGGAGUGUUUCCUUUAUUCUACUGCAAAUGUAAUUCAGAGCUAGUAAAUGUUGAAUGAGAUUGUUUUUCUAGCAGUCAUCUCUACAUUUAGCAUAGGAUUGCAUGACUGUAAUGGCUUAUAAUAUAGUAAUUUGACAUCCUUUAUUUUGAAAGUAGGAACCUAACAUAGUACUUGAACAUGUCUCUUUUAUAAUGUGGACUCUAAAAACUCUUUACAUUUAAAUAUGCAUAAUUUAUUUUUUCUCACCUGAUAUAAUGCCUUUGGGCAGCGUUGUGAAAUUUGCUUAGUUAAAACAAAUGUAAUAUGUCAUUGUCAAUGGUAUUAUAGAAACCUGAGAUAUGUGCUUCAGUGCUUUCCUCAGAGGCACUAAGCUCUAUCUUAAAGUGACUCUCAUAGAUGUUGUCAUAAUGAAAACAUUUUGUUGAUUUUGUCUGAAAGACCCUGGGCCUGAUUCCCCUAAACUGAUGUAAAUCACAAGUAACUCAAUUAAAGUCAACAUUGUAAAACCCAGUGUGAUGGGAAAAUCAGGCCCAAUGCAUGUUUUCAGUUACAAUGCUUUUCUCAAUGCUUUAUAUAAUCUGUAUUAAAAUGAUGAUUAUACAGAUAA